UCAUCGUCUUGGAAAUUUGUUGUUGUUGUUGUUGCUGCCACUUCUGCCGAUUGUUUCGUUGUAAACGACAUUGCCAUUGAACGAACGAGAAUGAAAUACAAUUGGUUUCUUCCGUUUGCGCUUUAUUUUGGUUGUGAACAUUUAAUUGAAUUUAUUGAAAAUUUAAGUGGUCGAUGGUUUUAGUAUGCCAUCGUGUUUGGAAAGUUUUAUCAAAGAUAUUGUUCAACAAAUCGGUGACGCACACGAAAUGUUAGAUCAGCGGCAUUAUCGUUUGUUAUUAUCAUUACCAUCCAAUGAAAAGCAAGCCUUAGCAAAAGCAAUUAUUGAUUUUGGUUGGAAUAUUGGCAGCCCAAAAGUAAUGAAAUAUUUACAAAAAACGAAUAUUUUGAGCAUGUCGGAUUUGAUUGUAAACAAAUAUAAUCAAAAUCAAUGUGAUGCUCAACUUAUUUUCAACGAUCUAUUGGAAACAGAACAUAUGCUUUUGGCUGAUGUAUUGAAAAAUGCCAACAGUACCGAUCCAAUUGGCCUAACAAUAUGCGAUUUAUUGAAUGAAGGUUUCAAACGACUUUGCAACGAUGCCAUUCAAAAUCCAAACAUUUUGGUUCAUAAUUAUUUGGAAGAAGUUGACGAAUACAUACAAGAUGAAUGUUUUGAAGAUGUUCGAUUGAUGCAUCUAAAAUUAUUGCUAGAAGAAGGACCAAACGAUACGGCCGAUGCUGCGAUUAGUGCUCAAUCAAAUUGGAACCAGGAAAUCACCGAUAAACAUAGUGUAUUCAAGUCAUUUUUAAGUUCAAUUGUUGGUAAUGACUUUAAAAUAAAACGAUUAACUCUUGAAACAAUUCUGUCGAAAUGCAAUGAUUGGCAACAACAAAAUUGGAAAACCGUUUUGCUAUUGCUACGAAUGGUGAUUGAUACGGGACAACUGAAUGAGUUUAAAUCACAAGAGCUCAAUGAUUUCAAGAAAAUGACCAAAACAUUCUUAAAAGACACAUUCCGUAGCUCAGUUGACGAAGAAGACGAAAAUGGUUUUUACGUGCUAUUUUUGAUUGGCAGACAAAUAACGCGAUACAAUGAAACACUGUUGGGGAAUUAUGGAACUUGGUUCAAAGACACUAUCGGCGAAAUGAAAUAUAAGCUGAAAACCAAUCAAUUCACACUGGCAAUGCAAUUUUUAGCCGGAAUGGUACAAAUGGAAAACGAUACAGACAUUUUGGAUGUACAUAUAAAUACAUAUAUACCAGCGGCACCGCGUUGCAAUGAGCUUGUAUUAAACUAUAAGGAAUUGUGUCGCAGUAGGCAGAUGCAUUUAAAGAAUCCAAAUGCAGACAAAACAGCUGUGAUAGAUGAAGAUGUUGAUUUUUUUCUAGACGAUGAUUAAGACAAGAAUAAAUAAACUAAAAGACUGACCUAUUAUUGUUAAGAAGAGGAAAUUUCUAUUAAAAUACAUAAGAGUACGA